GGGAGAAUGGGGAGGUCCUCCUCCUCCUCCUCCUCCUCCCUCUCCUCCUCCUCCCUCUCCUACCUAUGGUAGUGGUGGUGGAGCACCGGCCCAUCAUCUUGCAGCACCGUGGAUGCACACAUCGUCGGUUCGCUCUGGUCUCCUUCCUCUACACCUCGCCCUCCUCUCCCUCCUCGCCGGUCGCCUCUCUCUCGGCGCAAGCACGGGCGGCAGCGAGGAGCGUCAGUCCGCCCACCGCCCCCCGCGCCCCGCCGUGCCGGAAGCCGGCACCGCCCUCUGAUCGCGAGCGCUCUUCUGGCGCGCUGCUGGAGGGCCCCUCGGGCCAGCGACAGCGCAAAUGGCGCCGAAAGGCGGCGCCGUCGACCUGUACUCCGCGCUCGAGCUGACGGAGGACGCCGACGAGGCGGCGAUCAAGAACUCCUACCGCAAGCUGGUGCUCAAGUGGCACCCGGACAAGAACCUCACCGACCGGGCAGGGGCGGAGGAACGCAUUCGCCUCAUCAACACCGCGUAUGCCACGCUGAGCAACCCGACCAAGCGCGAGCGCUAUGACCUCCAGCGCUCUGCUGUAGACAAGAGGAGACGUGGCGAAGCACCUUCGAAACCAAAGGUCGCUCCAAAGAUCGCUGUGCCGAAAGAGUUUAUGAUUCAGCCGCUGGAGCACACCGAAAAGUUCGUGAGGUGCCUGGACAGAAAGACGGCGGUGCAGUCUCGGCAAGACGUUCCACAGGUGAGCUUCGACGAGUUUUUUCAAAACGCAAAGUUCUCGCUGUGGUGGCUGCCAGAUGUGAACAACAUGUGCCGCGUACGUACCCUGGGCUCCAAGACGAGAGAAGAUAAGCGCGCCGCCGCUGCCGGCUUGGCUGGCGGACUGAACCUCUCUUUCCGAGUGCGCGCGGACACCGAGUCAGAAGUGCUCCUGGCACCGGCCGGCAAGGGAAAGAAGAGCGCAAAUGUCGAUUUCGUAGCAAAGGAGAGUCCUGUCUACGAGGGCGCAUUCCGAUUUGAGACCGCGUGCCGCCGGGGGCAUUACCUGGCCUUCUUGCCCCCGUCCGACUUGAGGACCGUCCCCUUCCUGGACGAGGUGCCAGGGAGAGUCAUCGAUUUCAUGCUCGUCGACUUCAAGGCAGCACUGAAGUUCAAGGACCUCGACGAGGUCCUGAUGCCCGCGGCGGGGGCUCAGAAGGGCGAGCGCGUGCCCGUCGCGGAGCUCCGCGAGGCCGGGGAGGUGGCGAGGUAUUUCAAGGACGUGCUGAAGAAGGCGGUCUGGGACGCCGAGGACUUCGCCGCGUACUUCGAGGGCCACUGGCAGGACUGGGACUUCCGGGCCGAGGACCAGACCGUCCGCCUGAGGCCCCCGGAGGAGAGGCUCAGCCAGGUGCUCCGCUCCGCCGCCGGCCCCGAGGACCUGGCGCUCGCCCUCGACCGCGCCGGCGAGGAGCUGCACCGCGCGGCGCCGGACGCCCUGGUCUGCGCCGUGCGGCGGCUCGUGCCGGCCUCGGGGCCCGACGAGGAGGAGGCGGCGCCGGUGGCCACGAAGGGCCAGAAGAGGAAGCUGCUGGAGGCGCUGGUCUCCAGCCUGUCCGUCGUGGCCGGGGACAGCUGGCCGAGCAUCUCCCUGAGGCAGCUGUUGGACGUUGCGGAGGCUGUGCCGGCGCUGGCGGGCAAGAGCCCCUCGAUCGAGACGAUCGACCAGCGCUCGUCCGCCGUGCAGCUUCUGCUGGACGCGAUCGUCGCGCGCAUCUCGCGCGGCUGGUCGGACCUGAGGCCCGAGGACCUAUCUCGGCUCGUGCGGUUGCCUGGGAUCGCGGCACACGACACGGCGCUGAAGCAGAGCGCUUCGGCCGCGCUGGAGGCCGCAAGCCAGGAGGAGCUCCUGCAGGUGAUGCGGGGCGCCUCCGCGAAGAGCUGCCUGGGCAUCGCAGGCGUGACGCUCGCCAGCGCGGCUGCCAGCCUGGAAAAGCUGCCCGCAGACGGCGCAGUUGCGCUGUUGUGCUCGCUGGCCGAGGCUGGCGCAGGCGCGAACGAGGUCACGGCGCUCCUGCGUCCCCGCGCCUCUGCCGCAUCUGCUCCGGCGCUGGCAGCGGCUCUGUUGGCCGUCGCCGAGCGGGGCGCGGCCACCGAAGGCCUCGCCGCUGUGGCCGAGUGCCUGUCGAGGAGGCCGCUGGCGGAGCUUGGCCGCGAGACCGUGCUCGGGCUCGCCGCGGCGGCCGCGAAGAACGCGGCGCUCGACGUCAUCUUCAGCGACGUCGCACAGGCGGCGGUGAGCUUCGCCGACCUGAGCGCCGCCGAGCUCGUGCGGCUGCUGCUGGUGGCGGCUAGGGGCAAGGGCCGCCUGCGGCCCGAGGUGGUGCACAGCCUGCUGGAGCGCUCGGGGGCGCUGGUCGCGCACCAGCUGGAGAGCAUCGAGGCGCCGGAGCUGGUGAAGGUGGUGCUGGCGGCCUCGGCGCUGCGCGCGCCCGCCCUCCUCGAGGCCGCGGCCGCCGCCCUGCCCGCCCGCGCCGCCGCGCUGCCCCAGGGCCAGCUCCUCGUCGCGACGCAGGCCCUGGCCCAGGCGCUCGGCCCCGGGCACGCCGCGCUGCGGCGCGUGCUCGAGCACUGGGCGCGGGCGCUCGCCGCCGAGACCGGCCCCGCGCUGGCGGCGCCCGUGCCCGGCGACGGCGGCCGCCUCACCGCCGAGCAGUUGGGGAAGCUGGCGCUGGCGGCGGGCCCGGCGCUGGGCGGCGAGCCGGGCACCCCGGGGAGGCUGCUCGCGGACGCCCUCGGGGCCCGGCUGCUCGCCUCCGCGGCGGCGGUCCCGGAGAGGGCGCGCGCGCUGCUGGAGGGGCAGCUGUCGGCGGAGGGCGCCCUGGCGCAGCUGCCCGGCCGGGCCAAGCUGCUGGCCGCGCUGCGGGGGGCGGACAAGCGCGAGCGCAGCCCGAGCCCGCCGCCCGCCGCCGACGACGGCCGGGGCCACCUGAAGAAGGGCAAGCGGCGGAAGAAGAAGCCGUAGGCGCCUGGGCGGCGCCGUCAGGAUCGCCCAGGAGAAAUGCUGCUGCUGUCUGCUGUUCGCAAGCUUGGC